GCCUCUCCGUGACGCCCCGCCUCCCCGCUGUUUUCUGUAGCCCGGCCGCUAUCUCCCGCUCCUUGCGGUGGCUACUGCGUUCACCCCGGCGACUGCCCGCUGAGCGGCGUCGGUGGCUUGGGGAGCCGGUGGACAUGGCGGCCGAGGCCGUGGCUUCACGCCUGGAGCGGCAGGAGGAGGACAUCCGCUGGCUAUGGGCGGAGGUCCAGCGCCUAAGGGACGAGCAGCUGAACGCGCCCGACCGCAGCCAGGCGGAGGGGCCGUGCCUGACGCGGGAGGUGGCGCAGCUCCGGGCCGAGAACCGCGACCUGCGCCACCACCUCUACCGCCUGCGACUGUGCCUCGCCGAGGAGCUGAGCCGGCAGGCUAAGCUGGAGAGCGCGGCUCCGGCGGCGGAGGCGCAGGAGGCCACGCGCGCGGCGGCGGGCGCGCAGGUGACAAAUCAGCCAGAUUUUGUGAAGGAAAGAUUGAAGCUGUUUGAAAUAUUGAAGAAAGACCAUCAGCUUCCAUUUGCCGUUACUGACAAAAAGGGGAAUACAAACAACGUGAUCACAGUGAGAGUGGCUGAUGGGAGAACAGUGAAAGGGGAAGUCUGGAAAACGACACCUUAUCAAGUGGCUGCUGAAAUUAGUCCAGAACUGGCUGAAAGCGCAGUUGUAGCCAAAGUAAAUGGUGAACUGUGGGAUUUGGACCGUCCAUUGGAAGGGGAUUCCAUUCUAGAGCUGCUUACAUUUGAUAAUGAGGAAGCUCAAGCUGUGUACUGGCACUCCAGUGCUCACGUGCUCGGGGAGGCCAUGGAGCUCUACUACGGAGGCCACCUGUGCUAUGGUCCACCCAUUGAAAAUGGAUUUUAUUAUGACACGUUCAUUGGAGACAGGGCGGUGUCCAGCACGGAACUGUCAGCCUUGGAGGACAUCUGUAAGACCAUCAUCAAAGAAAAGCAGCCUUUCGAAAGACUGGAAGUCAGCAAGGAAGUGCUCCUCGAAAUGUUUAAGUACAAUAAAUUUAAGUGCCGCAUCCUGAAUGAGAAAGUGAACACGCCAACUACGACAGUUUACAGGUGCGGUCCGCUAAUUGACCUCUGCAAAGGCCCCCAUGUAAGACACACUGGGAAAAUUAAAACCAUAAAAAUUUUCAAGAAUUCCUCAACGUAUUGGGAGGGAAAUCCCAAAAUGGAAACACUGCAGAGGAUCUACGGGAUCUCCUUCCCUGAUAAGAAGAUGAUGAAGACCUGGGAAAAGUUCCAAGAGGAAGCCAAGAAUCGAGAUCACAGGAAGAUUGGAAAGGAACAAGAACUGUUCUUUUUCCAUGAUUUGAGUCCUGGAAGCUGCUUUUUUCUUCCCAGAGGAGCCUUCAUUUAUAAUACACUUAUGGAUUUCAUACGAGAGGAAUAUCACCGACGUAACUUCACAGAAGUGCUCUCUCCCAACAUGUACAACAGCAAACUAUGGGAGACCUCAGGUCACUGGCAGCAUUAUAGCGAAAACAUGUUUACCUUUGAUAUUGAAAAGGAUACGUUUGCCCUAAAGCCCAUGAACUGUCCAGGGCACUGUCUAAUGUUUGCUCAUCGUCCACGAUCAUGGAGGGAAAUGCCUAUCAGAUUCGCUGAUUUUGGAGUGCUUCAUAGGAAUGAAUUGUCAGGAACUUUAAGUGGCUUAACUCGAGUUCGGCGCUUCCAGCAGGACGAUGCCCACAUCUUCUGCACAGUAGAGCAGAUUGAAGAAGAAAUAAAUGGCUGUUUGCAGUUUUUGCAAUCUGUUUAUUCAACAUUUGGCUUCUCCUUUCAAUUAAAUUUGUCAACAAGGCCUGAAAACUUCCUAGGCGAGGUUGAGAUAUGGGACGAAGCUGAAAAGCAACUACAGAACAGCUUGGUGGAAUUUGGAAAGCCAUGGAAGAUGAACCCAGGAGAUGGAGCAUUUUAUGGCCCUAAAAUUGAUAUAAAAAUCAAGGAUGCUAUUGGCAGAUAUCAUCAAUGUGCCACAAUUCAGCUGGACUUCCAACUACCUAUUAGAUUUAAUCUUACAUAUGUUAGUAAGGAUGGAGAUGACAAGAGGAACCCCGUGAUCAUUCAUCGAGCCGUUUUGGGGUCAGUGGAGAGAAUGAUAGCCAUCCUGUCAGAAAACUAUGCGGGGAAAUGGCCUUUCUGGCUGUCUCCUCGUCAGGUAAUGGUCAUCCCUGUGGGGCCAACUUGUGAAAAAUACGCACUGCAGGUAUCCAGGGCAUUUUUUGAAGAAGGGUUUAUGGCCGACGUUGACUUAGAUCAUAGCUGUACGCUAAAUAAGAAAAUACGAAAUGCACAACUGGCUCAGUAUAAUUUUAUUUUGGUGGUUGGAGAAAAGGAAAAGACAAAUAAUGCUGUAAAUGUUCGAACAAGAGACAACAAAAUUCAUGGAGAGGUUUCUAUAGCUUCUGCCAUUGAUAAGUUGAAGAAUCUCAAGAAAUCACGUACACUAAAUGCUGAGGAAGACUUUUGAAGUUCUUUUCUGUACUUGCUUCUGUAUAACCUUGUUUUGACCCCUAAAAAUGCAUUUUUCUUUACUGGUAGUACUACUUCUAAGAACAUUUUUUUUAAGAUUUUUUUUUUUUUUUUUUUUUUACUUAUUUAUUUGUCAGAGAGAGAAGAGAGAGAGAGAGAACACAAGCAGGCAGAGGCAGAGAGAGAAGCAGGCUCCCAACUGAGCAAGGAGCCUGAUGUGGGACUCGAUCCCAGGAUCCUGGGAUCAUGACCCGAGUCAAAAGCAGCGGCCUAACCAACUGAGCCACCAAGGCGUCCCUUCUAAGAACUUUUGACUCACUGAUGGGCACGGUGAGAAAGGAGACAAUGAAUGAGUAGCUGAUAUAAAAGUUUAGUUCAUUAAUGUGUCUGAGGACAAUACGAGGACAAGCUUGGGAAAUUCUUAAUUUCCCAAAUGCCUUGAGAGCCUUAAGUGGGAAAUGUUAUUUAUUGAAAGAGGGUAAUACUAGGAUAUGAAGAUUAGGUCAUUACUGACAUUGUAGUUUUCAAAAAGUAGUCUUCAAAUUAAAACCUGCAAAGCCUUUUUAAAUAUAAGGGAAAAUCUUAUUUUCUAGGACAAUACAUCUCAGGUAUUUUUACAGUUGUUUUACUAAAGUUCACAUGAAAACUUUCUCUCCAAAACUGGAAUCGUCACUUAAUUUGUUUUAAUUAACCAACAGCCACAAAAGCAGCAGCUAGUACUAAAUAUUGGAUUACUGACAAAGGACUCAGAACCUCAAAUUCAGUGUUGUGGAAUCUACUGUCGUUUGGAGUAUAGGUUAAGAGUUGGGUUUUAAUGCUUCUAAUUGACAAUUGUUCAUCUGUAGAAAAAAUAAAUUCUUAAAUAAAAGGCA